AUGAAUUUUUCACAUUUAAAAAUAAUAACAAAUGAGCAAAAAUUAAUUUUAUUUACAUCAAAUUUUCGUACAUUUUAUAAAUUUAUUAUAUGGCCAAUAAUGAUAGUUGGAUUAUUGGGAAAUAUUUGUGUACUAAUUCGUUUAUUUUUAUUAAAAAAUAUUAAUAAAAAAAAUUCAAUAAAACCAUUUCAUAAAUUAUCACUAUUGUCAUUAGCAUUAUCAGAUAUUUUAUUUAUAACAACAACUGGAAUAAAUAUAUUGAGUUUAAUUAAUAACGAAACAAAUUUAUGGAAAUUACCAAAUUUUUUUUGUUACUAUUUACCAUAUUUACAAAGUGAUGCUGUGAUUGUUGCUUCAUUGACACUUGCUGCAAUUGCAAUAAACAGAUACACAGCAAUUAAAUUGAAGUUUCCACAAACACAUGCUACUGGUUGGUACACUAUUUUUUUCUACAUCGUCAUCUGGAGUCUUGCAUCAGCAGUCUCAUACCCAACUUUGGAACUUUAUAAACCGGAAAGUCUCAUCAUAAUAAACAAUUCCACCUUAUAUACAGGAAUUUUAUGCGUUGGAGAUAAACAAAAUUCAUCAAUAAUAUUUACCAUUUUAUUUGUCAUAAUAUUCGUACCACUUGGAAUUGUAUUUGUUGUUAUUCACAUCAUGCUGAUAAUUGAAAUAUCAAAUAGAAAAUUAACUGGUCAUUCAGUUCGAGCUCACCAUGAUGAUAAUAAACCUUCUUCAAGUCAAGAUGAUACAACUGGAUCAACAAAUUUAGAAACAAUAAAAAUUAAUAAUUAUCGAAAAAUAUUACCAAGUCAUGUUUUAAGAAAACGUCGAACAAUUAGAAUUAUAUUAUUUUUAAUAAUAAUAUUUUUAUUAUGCAGAUUACCACAAUGGAUUUAUUUAUUAAUUAAAUUACAUGUUAAACUUGAUGAUGGUUAUUGGUGGUACAUACAAAUAUUAUUGACAACAUUGUCAUUAUUAAAUGCAACAUUAAAUCCAUUUUUUUAUACAUUUUUAAAUGAAUCAUUGUCAUUGAUAGCAUGGAUACGUUUAUUAAGUUGUUUUAAAAAUAACACAAUACUAUAAUUUAUCAUAAAAAUGAUAAAUGGUUGCUAAAUGUAUCAAUAAAUUCACGUAAUAUUGUAUUGUAAUAAUAAA